AUGAAUGAGCUUUGCAUAGUUUGCGCAAGUACCUGGGGUGCAUCAGAACCAUCGCAAACUCAUUCACAGUCGUUGAAUAGCCCUGGAAACUACACAUUACAAACAACCACCACACCUAAUCCUAUGGGACAACAGCAACACGUAAAUGAUAACCAGUAUAUGAGCGGUGCGGCUCAAGCUUCUAUUAGCGGCAAUACUAUGACUACCAUGCCUGUUUCCGUGAAGAUUUCCGAUGUAAAUGGAGGCACUAAUAGUAGUCCCGGUGAUAGUAAAGGAGGCGGCGGACAGACACGUUCAAUGAACGGGGCCCCUAUGUUUUUUCCUGCAGGCAAUUAUCUUAAUAUUUUUCAUCGAAUUGAUAUACUUGAUGUGAACGUAGAACUAAUUCGAGUAUGCAUUGACUAUGGUACAAAAGGAUGGAUGAAUGCUCAAGAGAUGAAUGCUUAUAAAAUGCGUCUUCAGUCGAAUCUUAGUUAUCUUGCCACGGUAGCUGAUCAAUACACCAAUCCACAAGGGGAAAUAAAGCAAAAGAUGAUGCCGGAUUUUUCUCCAUUACCGCCACAUCGAUUACACUAUCACCAAAAGAUAAAUCAUCUUAUUCAACGUGCUUCUCAAAUAUUUGCUGCUUCGUAUCACAAUCACGCACAACCGUUACUUGGUCGAUCAGCAGCGGCUGCCGCCGCCGUUACAACUAGUGCUAUGAACAAUAAAGCUUUAGCAAGUUCAAAUAUUAAUGUUUCAGAUUUGAACUCAUCAUCAAUUCGACCAUAUAAAUUGGCAUCUUCUAAUGGAAUAAUAGGUGGAAUGUUAACGAAUCAACAAUUUCAGCAAUCACAGCAACAGCAGCCACAUCCUCACCAAAAUAAUCAGAUCCAAGCCUCCCAACAGUUUCAACAAGUUCAACAAGCCUAUCUUAAGCAGCAACAGCUGCAACUACAGGCACAGAAUCGUCAGUCGUUACAACAACAAGGAGCUCAGAUGUCCACCCAGCAACAGCCACAACAAAAAAAAGGUACUCCACGACUGCAUCCUCAAUCACUGCAAAAAGCACAUCAAUCACCACAACUACAACAGCAACAUGUCAAUACGCCACAAUCUACUCAUCAAACUCAACAAAUGCAUCAAUCGCCACAACAAACUGCUCAAUCAUCACAACAGCAAACGCAGCAACAACAGCAACAACAACAACAAUUGCUCACAGCAUCACAACAACAACAAAUAAUACCGUCUUUAUACAUAAUUGGCAAUGGAACAACAGGUGGAAGUAGCGGCGGAAUCACGACACAACAAUUGCAACAAAUGCAACAUCUGGGAUAUGGAGGCUAUCCAGGAACCAAUGGAACUGUUAUGACAGCAGGCAACGGAUAUUUAAAUCCAUAUAAUAUGAUAAGAUAUACGAAUGGCAAUAAUGGAUUAGUGGGCGGCAAUGGAAUAAUCCAAACUAAUGGAUUGCCAACUAAUGGCAUGCAAGCAAUGGUUAACAAUUGCUGGGAAUGUGCGAAACUAAAUGUUGAAAUUUGCCCCUAUGAUCUACAAGAAGGACAGACUACAGGCAGUCAAAAAAUUGACGAUUUCAUAAGAGAUCAUCAAGCCGAGUAUGCCGGUCCGGGAGAAUGUCAUUUACAAUGGAUUAAUUAUGAUGAGUUUGAAGAUAUUAAACAAAUUGGGAGGGCGGAUUCGACUACACCAAUAUCACAAUCUCAAUUCCUACAAUUACAACAACUGCAGAAUCCAUACCAACAACUUCAACAACCACAAAUUGACACAGCAACAACAAUUGAGAAUAAAGUUCAUCAUCAUUAUCAUGAUACCAAUAGUAUUAAUAAUUUACAAGAGUACGAAUACGAAUACGAAGAAGAAUAUUUCGACGUCGAAGAUAAUUUAUCCUGUGCAUCGUCGUCAACCGCUAUUGAAUCAACAUCACCACCACCAACCAAUAAUUUUCACCAGUAUGAUCAUCAACAAUCCGCAGCAUACCAUCGACAAAAUAGAAGAGCGAAAGUGAAACGGAAUGCGAACGAAUCAAAGAAUGCAGCUGUUUCUUCCGUUCGACCAGUUGGGAUGAGAAAGUUGACCUUGAUUCCGGGAUUUGUGGAAGAUGAAGUGGAUCAAAAGAAUUACAAUUAUCUGUUUGAGGAUAAAAAAGAGUUUUACAUUGUUUCUCCUACUAUUUCGAGUGCUUCAUUAGAAGACGGUUCAAUCGACAAGAAUUAUUUAUCUUCUUAUUGUCAACCACAACUGCAGCCUCAGUCACAGCAUUUGGAUGAUGUUUUUAGAAUAAAUGAUAAUCAAAGUCUUGGAUAUAUAGCGUCAACUUCAAUCAUUCGUCCACCCGGUGGUGAUCAUUACAAUAACCAAUUAUUUAAUUUUGCAUCAUCUUCAGAACUGGAAGUUGACUCCAAACUACAACGAAUUCCAUGUCAUGAGAAUACAGUUGGGAGAGGAAGCUCACCCAUGACAACAUCACCAAUAUUCUCUUCUACGACCUCUGAAUCUUGGAUGUCAAAUAAAAAUACAAAUAACAGCAACGACGAAUACGCAUUUCUAGAUCAACUUCACAUACACCAACAAUACAACAAUAACAGCAUUGCCAUGACUCCAGCUGGCAAACAAUCAACCUAUGAUUAUUAUAUAAGACAUGAAAAUACGUAUGAAACGAAUAACUUUGGUAGACGAGGCGACUUUGAAGAUGAAAAUGACGAUGAAAAUUCUCAAUCCUUUCUAUCCCCGUUGCUGCCAAUCGAAGCUGUCGCGUGGUCUUCGAUUGAUCAAAAUCUUGAGCAUUUAUUGGAAAGAGAAGAGAAAGAAUUUGUCAUCGAUUUUAAACAAAAGCAGGAGAGUCACAAUAUUGUUCCUCAAUAUGAACUUAAUACUCUUAAAAAUAAUAAUGAGAAGAUAGAGGAUAACAAUUCUGAAAGCCACCAAGAAGGACCAGACGAUUAUAAUCGACCUGAUAACCACGUCGAUUCUAAUAAUACGUCUAUCGAAGAAACUACAGCCGCUAUGACCGGAAUUCGUUAUAGGGAUCAACCUGAAGACAAUGGCAAUCGAAAUGGCGAUGAAACUACCAUGGGACAAAAUAAUUCUUUCACAAAGGAACGAACGGAAACACAAAAUUCUUCAUAUCUUGAAGUGUACAUUUUAUUGCAUAGUGAUAACGAUAGAAGUCUAGGCGGAUUAUCAUCAAUAUAG